AUGUGCUCACACCCCGCCGCAGCCCCAGGCGAUCCCCUGGCAGAGCUUAUCACCACCUACAACGAGCUUAACGGAGCCUUCAUUGAGGAGCUGGCCGAGGAGCCAAGUCCCCUCGAGUUCAUGCGCUACGUCGCCCGCAACACACCCUUCGUCGUCCGCGGCGCGGCGUCCUCAUGGCAGUCGAAUCAGACAUGGGAUAAGGAGUAUCUGGUGCGCUUGUUCAAGGGCCAGGCCGUCAACGUCGCGGUGACGCCGUUUGGCAACGCCGAUGCCCCGACUGAUCAUGACGGGAAAAUCGUCUUCGCAAAGCCUCACGAAGAAGACCAAGAUUUUGAAGAGUUCAUCAACUACGUGAUCAACCAAGAAAAGAGCAAAGAUGCAACCUCGGAAGUCCGAUAUGCCCAGACCCAGAACGACAACCUCCGCAAUGAAUACUUUCCCCUCUCGCACCAAGUCCCCCCGUCGGUCCCCUUCGCCCGCAUCGCCCUCGACCGCGACCCGGAGGCCGUGAACCUCUGGAUUGGCACCUCUCGCUCUGUCACCGCCCUGCACAAGGACAACUACGAAAACAUCUACGUCCAGAUCCGCGGCUGCAAGCACUUCGUCCUCCUGCCGCCUUGCUGUCAACCCUGCGUCAACGAGAGGACCCUCAUGCCUGCGACGUAUGCCCGCCGGGACCUUGGCGGGCUGGCGUUGGAGCUCGAUGAGGCAAGUAACGAGAACAAGGACAGACCCGAGGACGGGGCGCUGCACGGCGUCCCCUUUGCGACGUGGGACCCAGACCACCCAGACACCAACGCGACGCCCUACUCCCACCUCGCCGAGCCGGUCCGAGUCACCCUUGAGCCGGGUGACAUGCUCUACCUUCCGGCCAUGUGGUACCACAAAGUUUCGCAGUCCUGCCCAGAAGACGGAGAGGGCUUUGUUCUGGCCGUCAACUACUGGUAA